AUGUGUGAUUUGUUAGAUGUCACCUUUUAUAAAGUCACAAACUCUACCUUCUUCCACAAUGUUAUAAAAGAUAAGAAUAAGAGGCUCUCAAUCCAUAAGAUUAAGGACCAAGAUGGCAAUUGGGUGGAAGGUACCACUCAAGUUGCUACAGCUGCAGUCAAUUACUUCUCCAACCUUUUCAAAGCUGAAGAUAUUGAUGAGAAUAACGAUAUUUUUAAUGUGAUAGAUAGGGUGGUGACUCGAGAGGAUAACAUAUCCCUCACCUCCCCUCCUUCUAUCCAAGAACUUAAAGAUGUUGUGUUCUCUAUUGACCCUGAUAGUGCCCCGGGACCUGAUGGCCUAAGUGGGAAGUUCUAUCAAUCAGCCUGGCCUAUUAUUGCUUCAGAUGUCCAUGCUGCGAUUAAUUCCUUCUUUCAAGGUGCUACCCUUCCUAAAUUCUUUACUCAUACUUGUAUUGUUAUGCUUCCUAAGGUGAAUUUUCCUCAAGAUUUCUCUGACAUUAGACCUAUUAGUCUGUGUAAUACUUCUAGUAAAAUCUUGGCCAAAGUGAUUAAUUCUAGGUUUUCUGGGAUUCUCCCUAGAAUUAUUAGUCAAAAUCAGAGUGGCUUUGUUAAAGGGAGAGCUAUUACUGAGAAUAUUCUUCUUGCGCAGGAAAUUGUUAAUAAUAUUAACAAGCCUAAUGUAGGGGCUAUCCACCCCCCGAAGGGUAUUUUUGAUUUGAUUGAAACUUAUUUAACCAAAUUUUUUUGGUCCGGAAAUGAGGAGGGGGGUAAAUAUCAUUGGAUCUCUUGGGAUAACUUAAGCUACCCCUAUAGAGAAGGUGGUUCUAAUUUUAGGAAACUAGAGGAUAUCUACAAAGCUUUCACUGCUAAGCAAUGGUGGAAGUUCAGAACUUCUAAUUCCCUUUGGGUCAAUUUUCUCAAAGCAAAAUACUGUAUAAACGAUCACCCUACCACCAUUCAAUGGAAGCCUGGUCAAUCCCAUAGUUGGAAAGCCAUGCUAAAAAUUAGAAGUGAGGUCGAUAGCAAGAUAUGGUGGAGAGUAAGGGAAGGAAACGUUGACUUUUGGUUCGACAAUUGGACCAAGCAAGGGCCAUUAUGGAGCCUCAUGGAAGAUGUCAUAGUGGAUCAACAUAUCUCCAUCAGAGAAGUUUAUCGCCAAAGCCAAUGGGACUGGAAUGUUUUGCAUCCAUACCCUAGUGAGCAGAUCAAAGAUCUCAUUAGGAAGUACACUAUUUCUCUCAAUAACAAUACAAAAGACGUUCCUUUUUGGACUGAAACGGAGUCGGGGACCUUUUCCAUCUCCUCUGCCUGGAACUUACUCAGGCAAAAAAGGUUGUUUGCUCCUAUUGACGCCAAGUUGUGGCACAAAGACGUCCCCUACAAGAUGUCUUGUGUGGCAUGGAGAGCAAUCCACUGCAGGAUGCCUACUGAUGACAAAGUGGCAAAAAAAUUUAAAAUUAACUUUGUCUCUAAAUGUUUUUGUUGUAUUGGUGCAGGUAUGAAAACAGGGAUGGAGACCGCUGAACAUCUUUUCUGCUCAGGCCAUUUUGCACAGUUACUAUGGAGUUCUUUUUAA